AUGAAUUCGAGCGGUGAGUCAGGCGGCACCAUGACCGAAGACUACGAGGUAACAGGCUGUGGUCCACCGGAGGAGGAAACAGGUUCAAACUUGCCAGUUUGGGAAGCCGCAGCAGCUUCUCUGACACUCGGUUUCCUUGUUCUGGCCACGGUAUUGGGUAACGCGUUGGUGAUCCUCAGCGUGUUCACUUACAGACCGCUGCGAAUCGUGCAGAACUUCUUUAUCGUGUCUUUGGCGGUGGCUGAUCUGGCGGUGGCCAUUUUGGUGAUGCCGUUCAACGUGGCGUACCUCCUUCUGGGCAAAUGGAUUUUCGGCAUACACCUGUGCAAGCUGUGGUUGACCUGCGACGUGCUCUGUUGCACGGCGAGCAUCUUGAAUCUCUGCGCGAUCGCGUUGGAUCGUUACUGGGCGAUCACGGAUCCGAUCAAUUACGCCCAGAAGCGCACCCUGAAGAGGGUUCUAGCGACGAUAGCGGGCGUGUGGAUACUGUCCGGAGCGAUCAGCUCGCCACCGUUGGCCGGUUGGAACGACUGGCCGGAGGAACUCGAACCGGGAACACCCUGUCAACUGACCAGAAGACAGGGCUACGUUAUAUACUCGUCGCUAGGCUCGUUCUUCAUACCGUUGCUGUUGAUGAGCCUGGUGUACCUCGAGAUCUUCCUGGCGACCAGAAGAAGACUCCGCGAGCGAGCCAGACAGAGCAGACUGAACGCGGUUCAGUCCACCAGACAUCGGGAGGUGGACGACGCCGAAGAGUCCGUCAGUUCAGAGACGAAUCAUAACGAACGAUCGACGCCACGAUCGCACGCGAAACCCUCGUUGAUCGACGACGAGCCGACAGAGGUGACGAUAGGAGGUGGUGCAACGGUGACCACGUCCUCGAGACGAGCCGCGAGCGGACGAGGAACCGCGGUGACGACCACCACCGUCUACCAGUUCAUCGAGGAACGCCAGAGGAUCUCUUUGUCGAAAGAGAGACGCGCCGCGAGGACACUCGGUGUGAUCAUGGGCGUGUUCGUCGUCUGUUGGCUACCGUUCUUCCUCAUGUACGUGAUCGUGCCAUUUUGUCCAGCCUGUUGCCCCUCGGACCGCGUGGUCUACUUCAUCACGUGGCUCGGCUACGUGAACAGCGCCUUGAACCCGCUCAUCUACACGAUCUUCAAUCUCGACUACAGGAGGGCUUUCAGGAGGUUGCUGCGUAUCCGUUGAAGAUGAACAAGCUGAUCGGCUGAUUCUCUUCCGAAUUCGUGGGAAACGCUGCUCCUCGUUUCGUUUCCGUUUCAUUCGCCAAAACCGGGCGCUGUGGACCGACGAGUCAGCUUCGAACUCGAUUGGAAUUGCUCGAGGAAAACGACGGAGGCUGUAAAGAUCGCGGACGAGUCGCGCCUCGGGAUCUUCGAUUCGAACCGAGAGAAAUUACUGGGACUUUUGAUUGAACGAGCUUCGCCACGAGUGUCCAUACGCUCGUUCGAGAAUUCUGUAAAUAUAUCGACGUGGGAAUGAUCGACCGAAAGUGUGCAUGAAGUGUGUGCAUGUGUGUGUGUGCGUACGUGUAUCGUGCGUGUAGUUUCGAACGACGGGAUAAAUCCCGUUGUACCUUUUGAGGAUAACGAAAACGAAGCUGGACUACGAGUUCGGAAUCGUGGUUAGAGAUUAAGUGCUGUGAAACACGGUGAACACGAUAGUCUAAUUUCGCGCUAGAGUUCUCGCACGGCUCGUGUACAACGGCGAAGGUCGUUCCGUUUAAAGUUGCCCCAUUAAUCGUGGCCUGGGUUAGCGAAGGAAACAAGGACGCGGAUAAGGGAUCUUGAAAAAGGAAACGAAGUCACCAGGUUAGAUUGUCGCCGCUCAGAUCGUUCCCCCGUCUUCUCGGUUUCCUGGUCACGAGAACACGCGUGUACCUUUCUUUUCAACUACGAUUACCAACUACCUGUGGGGUACGUUUUCCUGUGACGCCAAAUCCUAUGAUUUUCGACACUCUUCGAUGGUUUAAACAUUUUAAAGCGUCCUCGAAGUAAGAACACAUAACGUAGACAUUUUAUAAAUUUGAAUUAGAAGUCAAAUACAAGUAUUUUCAACGUUUAACCGAGCAAACGAUUAACCAUGCUAAGAAACUAUGGAAUAAAUGCAUGAUUCAUUCGGUAUUUUACUGUAAUAAACAUUGAUCAGCUCAUUUAUUAGUGAUACUAGCAGUGUGUAGUCUGUCAACGUGUCAGAAAACGUCGUUAAGGAAAAAUCGUCUCAUCCGUAGUUUCUGUAGAAAGUGCAAAUUUUGUUUAACGGUGCUCGAGGCAGUAAAGCGAACGUCGCAGAGUCCGAUUUCACGAGAUUAGUGUCGUGACACGAAAUCAUGUGCCAUUACAAUGCGAUUUCUAGUUUUAUGAUGACUAAGGUUCAUGACAGUAAAACGUAAGAUUACGAUGUCGUGGGAUUAAAGUCGUGACUCGACGUCAUGACAAUGCUUCUAGUUUUCACGAUGAUAGAGGCUGUAACGUUUAGUGUCAUGGUAUUAAGAGUCGCGAUAUACCGUCACAUAAAAACGUACCCUUAAGUUGGUUCUCUCUAGAAUUCGUACGUAAUGAUGUAACGAGAAACGAUCCUCGAUGCCGUGGGCUAGAGCGGAUAUAUAGCUCCAAUUAAAAGUAUGCGAUCUUCUUUCACAAUUUAUUUUACAAAUUAUACAAUUCGUGCUUUGAAAAGAAAAAUUUGCGCAAUGUUAAAGUGCAUAAAGGUACGAUAAUGUUAAAUUUAUAAACGGUUGUACAGAUGGUUAAAUUAAUAUGAGACUUUAAUAUGAGAUGGUUAAAGUUUAAUAUGAGUCGCGGGUAAAAUUUGAAAGUUUGAGAAUUAAAAGAUUAGUUGGAAAGUAUAAAAAUGAAAAUUUGUAGAUUAGAUAAUUGGAGAUUGAUGGAUAGGGAGAAGAAGUCCCAUACUUUUGUCGGGUGGUGUACAUACCAUAUUGGAAAAGUUGUUCAGGGUUUGGCAUCGAGUCGAUCGUUCCAUUUUCCAAAGAACGUUCGUGAAAAUAGUGUUCUCGCGUCGGAAAGAGAAUUCAAAUAUCACCUCGAUGAUAUUUGAUCGGUGGAAAUACUUUCGAGUUUCCUCGUUCCAGGUUUUUUCCCUCCCCAUUAUAUCGUCGCGAACCGGAAACUCGCGAGCACGGUGGAUCGGUUUCCGGUUCGCAAGGAAUAGAAAGGGCACGGAUAAUUCAUGGGGAAAAAAUGGAUCAACGCGAUUGGAACGAUCGAUCGAAAGGGCAACACGAUUCUUCUGGCCGCCAAUUGAAAUGAAAGCAGAGCAAUUCACGCGUUUACGGAUAGGAAUUUUCUACGAAAAUCGACCAAGACUCCUGUUAAGACGUUUUAGAAGAUAGAUUACCGUAUCCUUUAGAUGGUAUGCGCACCCGUACUUGUAUCGCAGCUAUUUAAGACCGUGACAUAGGUGGAUGGAAGACGUUUUCUGGUCUCUUAAUGACGGGAAACGAGCAGGGAUUUUCUCGUGGAACAAUAGAGAACGGUUACCCUCCUUCUCGAUAGCCAAUGAUCGUUCUCUCGAGUAGCGUUCGUGAAAGAACGUUUUGUUUGAAGUCGACCAUUUCCUUGAUGUUCAACCUUCCUUCCUUCAAAGAGCCUUCUGGCCAGAGUGCCAGUUAAAUGCCUUCAUUUCAUGGUCACAACCAAUCGGAAAUCAGGUACCUUGAUUAGUCGAGUCAAGGUUUCUUCUUUCAACAAUCCACGCCCGAUAACUAAUCAGCAAUAAUUCUACUAAUCGCUUAAUUGUAACGAUCGAGACCAAGAUGCGCACAAUGAAGAGAUUGUAAGAUUCUUUUUCAGAAUCGUCCUUGAACUACCAUACGCGUGUAAUGAUUUUACUAAUUUAUUAAUUCAUAACGAAAUUUUGUGCACACGAUGGAAAUAUUCGAUCGCUCCAUUUACAGAGUAUAAUUGAGAAUGAUAGUCCCUAUAAUGGGAUCAAUCUCGCUUCCACUUUGAAAAUCGAUGUCGGAGCGUUUCGCCAAUUUUAUACAUAUAAUUUCGCUUAAUUUAUUACGCGGCGGUAUAAUAAUUGGGACAACGUACACCGAUAGGAAACUAUCACAUUCUGCUACUCGCAGAUUGAAAACGAUAUACCCCAUAAUUAGGGCAACCGAAUAUUUGAAUCGAUGACUGAAUUAUAACCGUUUCAACGAUUCUGUCUAAUAAUUUCGAUAAUCCAUCGCUCGAUACGAUGGAGACACGUGUAGCGAUACAGAAAUAUUCAAUUUCUCCGUUUGAACGGUUUAAAGCCGUAAUGCUCCGAACGAAAUAAACUCUGUUUCGAUAACCAAAAAUGAUAAGCUCCGAUCGGCGCACUAGUAAUUUCGUCGACUUCGUUAAUUCAUCAAUCGACGAUAUAACGAGAAAUACGAAGAAAAUCCGGCAGAAGAGAAAUACCUUGAAUCCAAUUCUUCCAUUCGCACAAUUAGGACCUUGUUACCUAAUGGAUCCUUUAAAUCGAUGGUAACGAGAGCAGCCUCGUUGUCUCUUAAUUUUCCAUCGAGUUCAACGAUUUCUCGAGAGAACGUUCAUUUUUCUAGGAGCAAUUUGUUUUCUUAGUUUCGUCCUAGCAACGAUAACGAGCCAGAGGCGUAUCCUUAAAUGUGCGGUAGACGUAACCUGCCCCGUUCGUUAUCAAUCGCAAGCAUUAUGGUUGUGAAUAUUUAAAUAACAAUCGAAAACGUUAAAAGAGACAGCACCGAGAGAAGAGCGUCGUUGACGAGGACGUCUAGACGAGACAUACACAGAACCACACACAGUUACACACACACGGAACAGGAGAACGAUCCUCGACAUGCGACCGCCUGCGUGUCUCUGUAUAAAAUUACGUUUUAAGUCGCCUCCAGUGUUCGUUUCGACACGCAGUUAUACCGACACGAAUGGACCCAUUCUACUGGAAGAAUUAAAAAAAAA